AUGAUUGACGCUUGUGGCGGUGUGGAGCAGACCUACACGAACAAGCAGCAGACCUACACGAACAAGCAGCAGACCUACACGAACAAGCAGCAGACCCACACGAACAAGCAGCAGACCUACACGAACAAGCAGCAGACCCACACGAACAAGCGGCAGACCUACACGAACAAGCAGCAGACCCACACGAACAAGCAGCAGACCUACACGAACAAGCAGCAGACCUACACGAACAAGCAGCAGACCUACACGAACAAGCAGCAGACCUACACGAACAAGCAGCAGACCCACACGAACAAGCAGCAGACCUACACGAACAAGCAGCAGACCUACACGAACAAGCAGCAGACCUACACGAACAAGCAGCAGACCCACACGAACAGGCAGCAGACCUACACGAACAAGCAGCAGACCUACACGAACAAGCAGCAGACCCACACGAACAAGCACCAGACCCACACGAACAAGCAGCAGACCCACACGAACAAGCAGCAGACCUACACGAACAAGCAGCAGACCUACACGAACAAGCAGCAGACCCACACGAACAAGCAGCAGACCCACACGAACAAGCAGCAGACCUACACGAACAAGCAGCAGACCUACACGAACAAGCAGCAGACCUACACGAACAAGCAGCAGACCUACACGAACAAGCAGCAGACCCACACGAACAAGCAGCAGACCUACACGAACAAGCAGCAGACCUACACGAACAAGCAGCAGACCUACACGAACAAGCAGCAGACCUACACGAACAAGCAGCAGACCUACACGAACAAGCAGCAGACCUACACGAACAAGCAGCAGACCCACACGAACAAGCACCAGACCCACACGAACAAGCAGCAGACCCACACGAACAAGCAGCAGACCUACACGAACAAGCAGCAGACCUACACGAACAAGCAGCAGACCCACACGAACAAGCAGCAGACCUACACGAACAAGCAGCAGACCCACACGAACAAGCAGCAGACCUACACGAACAAGCAGCAGACCUACACGAACAAGCAGCAGACCUACACGAACAAGCAGCAGACCCACACGAACAAGCAGCAGACCUACGUGAACAGACACCUGCUCACCAUUUAUGAACUACAGGAGUUAUUUCUGUACUCCACCCACCUCCAAGUUUACAAAAACAUCAGAUAUAAUUAA